GUCUUCAAGCCGAGCGGGUGUCACAAACACGAGCUCACUACUCCAAAUCUUGAGAUUUCCGAGAAGAACAGAAACUCCUUGACGUUUAACGAUGGGCUACAAGCUGGCGAUGUUCCUGGGUCUGACCGGCCUCCUGAUGGUGCUGGUGGUGGACCAGGCGGACGCGAUCAGACAGAAGAGGAUGGUGCCGCAGGAGGCAAGCGCUCUCCUGGACCUGCUGACGUACCUUGCGGACGAUCUCACCAUGGUCCAGAGGGGGGAAGGCAGCGACGAGGAGCAUUAUGAGGGUGACGGCCACGAUCAUCUUCUAAGGCAAGAGGAGGAGGAAAGCCACGAGCACGGCAGUGAUGAAGAGCAUUACGCUGGUGACGGUCACGGUCAUGGCAGCAGCGUGGAAGAUCGUCUCCUGAGGCAGGAGGAGGAGGAGGAAAGCCACGAGCACGACAGCGACGAGGAGCAUUACGCUGGUGACGGUCACGGUCAUGGCAGCAGCGUGGAAGAUCGUCUCCUAAGGCAGGAGGAGGAGGAAAGCCACGAGCACGGCAGUGACGAAGAGCAUUACGCUGGUGACGGUCACGGUCAUGGCAGCAGCGUGGAAGAUCGUCUCCUAAGGCAGGAGGAAAGCCACGAGCACGGCAGUGACGAAGAGCAUUACGCUGGUGACGGUCACGGUCAUGGCAGCAGCGUGGAAGAUCGUCUCCUAAGGCAGGAGGAAAGCCACGAGCACGGCAGUGACGAAGAGCAUUACGCUGGUGACGGUCAUGGCCAUGGCAGCAGCGUGGAAGAUCGUCUCCUAAGGCAGGAGGAGGAGGAAAGCCACGAGCACGGCAGUGAUGAAGAGCACUACGCUGGAGACGGUCACGGUCAUGGCAGCAGCGUGGAAGAUCUUGAGAGGGAACUCCUGGAGGAAGCACGUGGCCUUCUGGAGCUGCUGCGUGGAGGGAGAAAGAGACGCGGUGAGGGGUCCAACUCCAGCUUGGAGGACUUCUAGUCCCAAAAGGACCCCGGAAUGGCGAUGGUCCCACCGCAUCCUGCGUGUGCCGAGCACCGUCCUGGCCUUCCAGCCGUGACUGCAGAUCAGCCGCAUAGAUUUUAGCUGCUUUUGC